CAUACUUGUCUGUUUUUUUACCCUGAACUGCCUUUCUUUGAAUCAGGAAUUUAAUUUUUCGCCCAAAUCGCAAGUUUCCAUCCGUGAUUCCGGCAAACAAAAUGACGCUUCGAGUCUCGUGCUGAACUCAAACACACAGAAAAAGGUCAGAACAAACUUUAAACCGAGUCAAUUAGGAAAUUUUAAAAAAUAGUAUGUCCACUGAGACAGACAACACUAAAUCAGAAGUUUUGGAAAGUUGGGAGGAAAUUGACGAAGUGCAGCUCGAUUCGACGGUUGAACGCUUGAAAGAGGAAACCAUGAAGUCACGAAUCGAGGAGGAACGUCUCGCAGCAGCUGCUGUGACAACGAUACAGAAGCCCGUGAUGAUUCUGCGAAGACCGCAAUCCUCGACGACAAACGGAGGCACGGACAACGGCGCCGGAGCAAAUAAGCCAAAAACACAAAUUAAAUCGUUGAUGCAACGACAACAGGAAUAUGCGGAGGCGCGAAUGCGGAUUCUUGGGUCAAUGCCAGAUGAGGAAGAUGUAACUUUAAAUGGCAUCAAUGGCAGUAGCAGUACAAACAAAACAAGGACCAGCGACGGAGACGGAAUGCUUUUGCGACGGUAGCGAACUACAGAAAAAACGAGAAUUGUUUACACACCACACAACAUUAUUAACCGAAACAGAGAACGAUGAAAUUUUAAGUUUUCUAAAAAAAAUAAUAUAUGAAAUCA